AUGGGCUUCUCCUCGGAGCUAUGCAGCGCACAGGGCCACGGGGCCCUGCAGCAGAUGCAGGAGGCUGAGCUGCGGCUGCUGGAGGGCAUGAGGAAAUGGAUGGCCCAGCGGGUCAAGAGCGACCGGGAGUACGCGGGACUGCUGCACCACAUGACCCCGCAGGACGGCGGGGCCCAGAACCGGCCCGGCUCCGACAGCCCCAUCAGCCAGUCCUGGGCAGAGAUCACCAGCCAGACGGAGGGCCUGAGCCGGUUGCUGAGGCAGCACGCGGAAGAUUUGAACUCAGGGCCUCUGAGCAAGCUGAGCCUGCUCAUCGGGGUGCGCCAGCAGCUGCGCAAGACCUACAGCGAGCAGUGGCAGCAGCUACAGCAGGAGCUCACCAAGACCCACAGCCAGGACAUCGAGAAGCUGAAGAGCCAGUACCGAGUCCUGGCGCGGGACAGCGCCCAGGCCCGGCGCAAGUACCAGGAGGCCAGCAAAGACAAGGACCGCGACAAGGCCAAGGACAAGUACGUGCGCAGCCUGUGGAAGCUCUUCGCGCAUCACAACCGUUACGUGCUGGGCGUGCGGGCCGCGCAGCUGCACCACCAGCACCACCACCAGCUCAUGCUGCCCGGCCUGCUCCAGUCGCUGCAGGACCUGCACCAGGAGAUGGCGUGCAUCCUGAAGGAGAUCCUGCUGGAAUACCUGGAGAUCAGCAGCCUGGUGCAGGAAGAGGUGGCCGCCAUCCACCAGGAGAUGGCCGCAGCCGCCGCCCGCAUCCAGCCCGAGGCCGAGUACCAGGGCUUCCUGCAGCAGUACGGGUCCCCCCCUGAUGUCCCGCCCUGCGUCACCUUCGAUGAGUCUCUGCUCGAGGAGGGCGAGGCGCUGGAGCCCGGGGAGCUGCAGCUGAACGAGCUGACGGUGGAGAGCGUGCAGCACGCGCUGACCUCGGUGACCGAGGAGCUGGCCGUGGCCACCCAGCGGGUGCUCAGCCGGGAGGAGGCGGUCACACAGCUGCAGCGGGAGCUCAGGCACGAGGAGCAGGCCGUCCACCCGCGGCAGCGGGUUUACCUGCUGAGCAAGCGGCAGGUGCUGCAGGAGGAGCUGCAGGGCCUGCAGGUGGCGCUGUGCGGCCAGGCCAAGCUGCAGGCCCAGCAGGAGCUGCUGCAGGCCAAGCUGGAGCGCCUGGGCCCCAGGGAGCCCCCGUGCGUCCCCCUGCUGCAGGAUGACCGCCACUCCACGUCCUCCUCGGAGCCGGAGCGGGAAGGCGGAAGGACACCCACCCUGGAGAUCCUGAAGAGCCACAUCUCGGGAAUCUUCCGCCCCAAGUUCUCGCUCCCCCCGCCGCUGCAGCUGGUUCCCGAGGUGCAGAAGCCCCUGCACGAGCAGCUGUGGUACCACGGGGCCAUCCCGCGGGCAGAGGUGACGGAGCUGCUGGCGCAGUCCGGCGACUUCCUGGUGCGGGAGAGCCAGGGCAAGCAGGACUACGUGCUGUCCGUGCUGUGGGAGGGCCAGCCCCGGCACUUCAUCAUCCAGUCCGCCGACAACAUGUACCGCCUGGAAGGCGACGGCUUUCCCAGCAUUCCCUUGCUCAUCGACCACCUGCUGCGCUCCCAGCAGCCUCUCACCAAGAAGAGCGGCGUCAUCCUGAGCCGGGCUGUGCCCAAGGAUAAGUGGGCGCUGAACCACGAGGACCUGGUGCUGGGCGAGCAGAUUGGACGGGGGAACUUCGGCGAGGUGUUCAGCGGGCGCCUGCGCGUGGACAACACCCUGGUGGCCGUGAAGUCCUGUCGAGAGACGCUGCCGCCGGACCUCAAGGCCAAGUUCCUGCAGGAAGCCAGGAUCCUGAAGCAGUACAGCCACCCCAACAUCGUGCGUCUCAUUGGCGUGUGCACCCAGAAGCAGCCCAUCUACAUCGUCAUGGAGCUGGUGCAGGGGGGCGACUUCCUGACCUUCCUCCGGACGGAGGGAGCCCGGCUCCGGAUGAAGACGCUGCUGCAGAUGGUGGGGGACGCGGCCGCAGGCAUGGAGUACCUGGAGAGCAAGGGCUGCAUCCACCGGGACCUGGCCGCCCGGAACUGCCUGGUCACGGAGAAGAACGUCCUGAAGAUCAGCGACUUCGGCAUGUCCCGGGAGGAGGAGGACGGCAUCUACGCCGCCUCGGGGGGCCUCAGGCAGGUCCCCGUGAAGUGGACGGCGCCCGAGGCUCUUAACUACGGCCGCUACUCCUCCGAGAGCGACGUGUGGAGCUUCGGCAUCUUGCUCUGGGAGGCCUUCAGCCUGGGGGCCUCCCCGUACCCCAACCUCAGCAACCAGCAGACUCGCGAGUUCAUAGAAAAGGGGGGCCGCCUGCCCUGCCCCGAGCUGUGCCCGGACGCCGUGUUCCGGCUCAUGGAGCAGUGCUGGGCCUACGAGCCGGGGGAGCGGCCCAGCUUCAGCACCAUCUACCAGGAGCUGCAGAGCAUCCGGAAGCGGCAUCGGUGA